ACUGUACGACCUACUUGAAUCCAGUUGGGAAGCACAUGAUUGCUGAUGCCCAGAACAUCACAAUCAGCCAGUAUGCUUGCCAUGACCAAGUGGCGGUCACCAUUCUUUGGUCCCCAGGGGCCCUUGGCAUUGAAUUCCUAAAAGGAUUUCGAGUAAUACUGGAGGAGCUGAAGUCGGAGGGGAGGCAGUGCCAACAACUGAUUCUAAAGGACCCGAAACAGCUCAACAGUAGCUUCAAAAGGACGGGAAUGGAAUCUCAGCCUUUCCUGAAUAUGAAAUUUGAAACCGAUUACUUUGUGAAGAUUGUGCCCUUUCCUUCCAUUAAAAAUGAAAGCAAUUACCAUCCUUUCUUCUUCAGAACCCGGGCCUGUGACCUAUUGUUACAACCGGACAACAUGGCCUGUAAGCCCUUCUGGAAGCCUCGAAAUCUGACUAUCACCCAGCACGGUUCAGAUGUGCAAGUAUCCUUUGACCACGCACCACAUAACUUUGGCUUCCGUGGCUUCUACCUUCACUAUAAACUCAAGCAUGAAGGUCCCUUCAGGCGGAGGACGUGCAAGCAGGACCAGAACACAGAGACAAGCAGCUGCCUCCUCCAAAAUGUUUCUCCCGGGGGUUAUGUCAUUGAGCUGGUGGACGACAACAACACAACCAGGAAAGUGGUACAGUACGCGGUAAGGCCAGUGCACUCUCCCUGGGCUGGGCCCAUCAGAGCUGUGGCCAUCACUGUGCCGCUGGUUGUCAUCUCCGCAUUCGCCACGCUUUUCACUGUGAUGUGCAGAAAGAAACAGCAAGAAAAUAUAUAUUCACAUUUAGAUGAAGAAAGCCCGGAGUCCUCCACAUACGCGGCGGCUCUCCCCAGAGACAGGCUCCGGCCACGGCCCAAGGUCUUCCUCUGUUACUCCAGUAAAGAUGGCCAGAGUCACAUGAAUGUGGUCCAGUGUUUUGCCUACUUCCUCCAGGAUUUCUGUGGCUGUGAGGUGGCUCUGGACCUAUGGGAAGAUCUCAGCCUCUGCAGAGAAGGGCAGAGAGAAUGGGUCAUUCAGAAGAUCCACGAGUCCCAGUUCAUCAUUGUCGUGUGCUCCAAAGGCAUGAAGUACUUCGUCGAUAAGAAGAACUACAAACACAAAGGAGGCAGUCGAGGCGCGGGCCAAGGAGAGCUCUUCCUCGUGGCUGUGGCCGCCAUUGCCGAAAGGCUCCGUCAGGCCAAGCAGAGUUCAUCUGCAGCACUGAACAAGUUUAUCGCUGUCUACUUUGAUUAUUCCUGUGAAGGAGAUGUCCCCUGCGUUCUGGACCUGAGCACCAAAUACAAGCUCAUGGACAACCUUCCCGAGCUGUGUUCCCAUCUGCACUCGGGAGAGCACAGCCUUCAGGGGCUGGCUCAGCACCCAGGACACAGCGGUAGGAGGAACUACUUCCGGAGCAAGUCUGGCCGUUCCUUGUAUGUUGCCAUUUGCAACAUGCACCAGUUUAUCGAUGAGGAGCCUGAUUGGUUUGAGAAGCAGUUUAUACCCUUCCAUCCUCCCCCGGUGCGCUACCAGGAGCCAGUCCUGGAGAAGUUUGACUCAGGUUUGGUUUUAAAUGAUGUCAUAACCAAACCAGGGCCAGAGAGUGACUUCUGUCUAAAAGCUGAGGCUUCUAUACUUGGGGCCCCUAGGCCAGCUGACUCAUACUCGUACCUGGAAAAUCAGCAUGCAAGCCUGGACCAGGAUACUGAGGCGCAGCCCAUCUGCGAGAAUGGCCCUGCCUUGCCCCUGUUGCAUGCGGUGAAAGCUGGCAUUCCCUCGGAUAUGCCACGGGACUCAGGCAUAUAUGAUUCCUCUGUGCCCUCAUCAGAGUUGUCUCUGCCUCUGAUAGAAGGACUCUCCCCUGACCAGAUGGAAACAUCUUCCCUGACCGAGAGUGUAUCUUCCUCCUCUGGCCUAGGUGAGGAGGAUCUCCCUACCCUCCCUUCCAAGCUCCUCGUCUCUGGGGUGUGUAAAGAAGAACAUGGUUGCCACAGCUAUACUGAUGAACUCCACGUGGCUGCCCCUUUGUAAGGACAUGGGAGCAUCUAAGCAUUGCCACUUUAAUGGCUGCUGCUUGGGUUUCCCAGCUCACCUCUGCGUCGUGCAGCCCGCCUGGGGCUGAGGGCUCACACAAGGAUGUCUGGAAUGAAAUUCUGGCCAGUACUCAAUCCUGUCUGCUCCGGCCUUCUGAUAGAUAUUUCGCAGAGUCUCCGAUUUCCCGAAAGCAUACGGAGCUCUCCAAGGCAUGUCCGUUAGAGCAGGCGGCAGCCGGGUAUGUGAGGCCAUUCCUUGGAUUGGAGCCUUUCCUGGGAGGCAGAGAGGAAGCCGGCACAGAGAAGCAGGAAGGCACCAACACUGCUUGUUCUGACUCCACUGACCUCUGCAAACUUUACCUGUUCCCUUUCAGCUACUUUGAUUCAAACUGCUUUGUGGAAGAAGCACUUUGAACAUCAGUACAGCUAUACAUCGAGUACUCUCUGGGACCCAGAUUGUGCUGCGAGUGAUGUUUCCAUCCGUUUCUGAUGUGGAACUUACACUGUCCUGAGUGUUAGGUAAACUCUGAGUCAAAGGUCUAGACAAUGACUGAAUGUCCAUCCAGUCACUUUUUAUGAAACAACUUUCUCUCUAUUACUGGGAAACGUGGCUGACCAAGAUGGAAUCCAUGGAGCAGGCUGACCAUCUUG